AUGUCAAUGAUAAGAGGCUGUUCAUUUAAAGUGGCGGCUUACGCUCCAAGAGUAUUGCGUGCUGCUCCAAGAGCUACACCUUUGAUAACAUCCAGAUUCAACUCAUCAUCUACUACCAAGAAAGAUCAAGAUGUAAGUUUAUUAGCUCAAGUAUAUCCUAUAAAUAAAGAUACUAUAACAGAAGAAGAUGUAAAUGAAUGGUUAAAGUCAGUACAAACUUUAAAAUCAGGUAAGAGUGUUCCCGAAACUGAGACUGAAGUUUAUCUUUCUCAAUUAUCUAAUCCAAGUCCAUUUUUAACUGAAAAAUUUGAACCAACUGAAGAACAAUUAGCUCAAGCUGAAAAAUAUAGUAAUGAAAAAGUUCCAAUUUUAACUGAUCCAACCGUGGAAAACUUAAUAAAUCUUGUUAUGAGACAUGGUAGAAAAUCAACGGCUCAAAAAACUGUAUCGAGAGCCUUAUACAUAAUACAUUUAAAGACUAGGAAAGAUCCGGUUGAAAUAUUAAAGGAAACUUUAGAUAAAUUAGGUCCAUUAGUUACUACCAAAGUGGUUCAAACUGGUACAGCCAAAAAUAAAAUCGUCCCAUCUCCUUUAAAUAGAAGACAAAGAAAUAGAUUUGCUAUUACUUGGAUCUUAGAUGGAUCUGAUAAAAAGAAAUCUCCCGAUUUAGCAGUUAGAUUAGCUGAAGAAAUUAUUUCUGCUUAUGAAGGUAAAUCAUCUGGGUAUGAUAGAAAAGCUCAAAUGCAUAAAACUGCCAUGCAACAAAGAGCUUACAUUCAACUUUAG